AUGACCCCUAGCCUAUACAAAGCGGAGGAGGAUCUGAUUGCAGAGAUCCUCGGCGCAUGGCAACACGAAAAAAAACCGAAUUUUAGCGAAUUAUCGCGUAAAUAUGGGGUGUCUCGCAAAAAGCUCUCCCGUCGGUGGAAUGGCCUACCCUCUCGCUCAACACGCCCCCCAACCAACCGCGUAUUAUCCUUAGAUCAAGAAAAAGCUAUUUUUCUAUGGCUUGAGUAUCUAGAUAAUAUAGGUGCGUCACCUACAAGCGAGCAAAUUGAGGCGAGUGCGAAUUAUUUGCUUGCUAAAGAUUUUACUGGCUCCGGAGAGCCCCCCCGGGUUGGGAAAAUGUGGACAUACGAUUUUCAAAACCGCUUACCAGAAAAGUAUGUACGAAUCAUACAAAAGCCUCAAGAAAAGGAGCGUACCGCUUCGGAGCACUACGGUGAGGUUGAGCGCUGUUCGCCCUCAAAAUCUAUGGAUUUUGACGAGACUGGAUUCAUUGUCGGACGCGGAAAAGACGAAGCAGUGGUUACAGCAUACCCAAAAACAUCAAAAAGAGUCUCUAGCCUGUCAUCGCGAGAAUCUAUUACUGUCGUUGAGUGUAUAAACGCUGAAGGAUUGGUUAUACCACCAUUAUUGAUUCCAAAAGGCAAGGUCCAUAUGGAGGAAUGGUAUCAACAUAUAAAGGAUGACGACUGGCUUAUUGCACCUGCGGAGAAUGGCUUUAUAACAGAUGAGAUCGCAUUCGAAUGGCUUCAACAUUUUCAUCAUUUUACAAAGCCAGAAAAAUGGGGGGAUUGGCGCUUACUUCUCAUGGAUAAUCAUACAACUCAUCUUACUAUGCAGUUUGUUGAAUAUUGUGAAAUCUUUCACAUUCGGCCAUUCCGAUUUCCUGCGCAUUCUACGCAUUUUUUACAACCUCUUGAUGGAGUGCCAUUUCAGCAAUAUAAACACGUUCAUGGGAGGGUUGUCAACAAAGUUGCGCGCUUAGCAGGCUUUGAUUUUGAUAAAAACGACUUUUUUGAAGAAUUGCAUGAUAUUCGGCUCAAAACCUUUACUAACCGAACGAUUCGGAAUGGCUGGAGAGAACGUGGGAUUUGGCCAAUUAAUCCUAGCCUUAUACUCGAUAAAAUGCCUUCACCAGAAGAAGCUUUUGAGGCUAUGGUUGCUGAGGGGGAUACACUAAAAAUUUACGGUGAAGCAGAUGAGGCUAUUCCCAGCUCUCCAACCACAAAAUCAAUCUCUCCGCCGUCAACCGUUGCAAAGCUACGUCGCUACGUCAAUAAGAUUGAGAAAUCAAUUGACAGUAUAAAGGAUAUAUUAGACGAAGCAAGCCCGGGCCUCUCACGCCGUAUAAAAGUGGUUAAUCAACGCAGCCUCACCUUGGCCGAAUUAGGCGAUCUACACCGUGAGAGCUUCGCCAAGGUUCGUGACACCGCAGCGCGCAAGAAUAAAAAAACUACAAGAAGGCAGGUUAAAGCGAGUGGUGCGCUUUAUGUGGGAGAUGCGAAUCGCCUCAUAAAACGCCGUCAUGAUGGUGAUUUAUUGAGGAUUCAUAAGAGCCAUGCCCUCGGCAUGGAAGAGCCGGCAGAAGCAGAGGCCCCAACAGAGCCUCAAAAUUUCGUCAAUAUUUUGGCCCUUGAGCCCAGGUGGCCCUUGAGCCCGGGCCGACUCCCAACCGCCAGGUGGGGGGAGGCGACGCGACGGGUAGUGGUUAUUCGGAUAAUGUCAGAUAAUCCAGAUUUGCAACAAGGUAUAGAAUCCGUAGGCCAUCCUCAAACAUAUAAAACUUCACCUGGUGCACCUGAAACUCGACUUGAAACGUCAUGGCCGUAUUCCUUGGAACAGAGAUAUCCCUGGGUAGCUGGGUUGAAGACGAAGAGGGCCGGAGGCGCGAUGGAGGAAGAUCCGGCCGUAACGACGCGCGUAGGACGCGUCGUAGUGCCGUCAACGAGAGCUCGAGAAGCUCUGGAAGGUGCUGACAGCACCGAUGCCACCACUGCGACUAGGAGGACGACGUCAAAAGUGAAGCCAACUGCAGUGAGGAAGGCUGCUAAUCAGAUUGAGGAGAGACAGUGCGCUCAGGACGAAAACCAAAUGAUGCUUAGAAAGAUGUGUCAGUACUUGGAGGGCACCUAUCGGGAGGUCAAAAGUUUGAAAGAAACGCUCAGUAAACAGGAAAAAAACAUCCAGGAAUAA